UUUCAGAUGACAACUCACCUACCGAGCACAUCUCAAAAUGGCGAAGAGAUAUCUGCUGAGCAAUUCAACAGGAUAUUUCACGAACGCAACGUCAUCGUUCUGGAUUGUCGAUCAAAUGGUGAUUCAGUGAAACGAGCCAAUCGAUUCUUUUGCAGUCUUCGAUUACCGGCUCUCCUUCAACGCCGUUUAAUGGGCGGUUCAAUGCGACUUUCAACAGUACCUGAUCUGAAGGAUCUGAAUAAUUCUCCUGAUCAAUGUCCCGAAGUUCUUCUCAUCCCCGGCGACAGUGAACAAGACGAGCAGCUCUCGGCAGCUUUAGCUCGAAAUCUGAAAUCCAACCACUAUCGUCAUUUUGUGCUCGGCGAGCCUGUCAAGACACUUCUCUCCCAGUUUCCGACCCUUCGUGAUGCAGCCGACGAAAAUUGGAACACCACGUUUCAAAUGAACUCGAUGCCGGGUCAAGCAAGUGGGCAACAAGCAUCAAGUGGACCGCUUCUUAACUUAAACCAACUCCGAUUGGAAGGUGAAGAUCAAGGCGGAAAACAACGUGCAGAGUUUCCUGUAAAGUUAACCAAUUUCUUGUAUCUUGGAAACGCGGAGACCGCUAAAAAUCGAGAUGUUCUUAAAAAAUAUUCUAUCUCACAUGUAAUAAAUGUCACAUCAAAUUUGCCAAACACGUUCGAAGAAGACCCAAAUAUGCGAUAUUUAAGAAUAUCGGCCGAUGAUAACGCUUCACAUAAUCUAACAAAAUUCUUCCCUGAAGCCAUAUCCUUCAUUGAUGAUGCGCGACGCAACGAUUCAGCAUGUCUUGUGCAUUGUCUGGCUGGAAUUUCCAGAAGCGUUACAAUAUGUCUGGCGUAUCUCAUGAAGACUGAAAUGUGUACUCUUGAUUCUGCCUACGAAUGGGUUCAAAAGAGAAAUGCAAGCAUUGCUCCAAAUUUUCAUUUUAUGGGACAACUCACAGACUACGAGAAGAUGUUGGGAUUGAAUAGCAAUCGAGUCGGGACAUAUCCUUCCUCGGCUCCUCGUUCUCCAUCUUGUGCCAUCGAAGCAGCAGCAGUAUCACAAGUUGGAGGCCUUCUAACUCCACCACCAACAAGCUGUUCGGCGUCACCUCAAUCGAGUAAUCACUCGGCAAAGUCAUUUCACUAGAAGAAUUCACCCCUUCUUAUAAUUUUUCAUCAUAUUUUUUCAUCCAUUUUUAUCGUCCUCAUGCAGCUAGAUGUACAAAUAAUACAACUCUACUACCUGUUAUGUUUCCUAGUUGUCAUACCAUUGUGAUAUUCUUUCUUUUUGGUAGAUCCACUUCCUGUCCCAUGACUGUCCUUUUUUAUGUCUCGACGUUCUUUUCUCUUGUGAAAUGACCCUACCAUGAUGCCUGUUUUACCAAAUCAAUAAUUUUAAACCACCACCACCACAACGACACGUGUCUCUUUCCCUUUUCAUUACCGUAUAGUUCAUUUCCCCCACUACGACACUUUCCAUACAAUCUCUGUACCUUAUUUUUCUCUCAUUUGUCAGACUUUCAAAAUUGAGUUUUCUCUUUUUCCCAUCAUCUCCCCUAAAACCACUUUCCCGAGAAAAUCCGCAACAUUGUUAUUGCCAUGACCUUACUUUUCCCUCCCAAUUCUCAAUCAGCACCACCAUUUCCUGCUAUCACACUUUCUCCCCAUUCACUGAUUUCAGCCUCGUCUAAUUCACCUAAAUUUUCAUAAUUGUUCUCGAUUUUAUCUUUUUCUUCUCUCAUUCAAAUCACCGACUCUGAACUUUUUAGUGAACGCCGAGUCUUUGAUUCCCCCCCCCCCCCCCCCAAUUUAGUUGAAACAUCUAUAUAUACGCAUACAAAAAUGAAAAAAUUCCUACAAAAUCAUAUUUAGUUUUGUAUGGUCAAUGAUUUCAUCUUCCAUUGUCGUCGCCGCGUGAAAUUUGGAGUUUGUUAUGACAAUUGCUUCAGAAGUUUGUCCAAAAUUGUUCAAAAAUAAAAUUGAAACAGCUGAAGCUUAAAAUUAUG